AGCAAAUUAUUUGUCAUUCAUUUUUAUGGAAAUGGAAACACUAAAAAGCACCUUCUUGUAUUAAUAUUGGCAAAGCAAUAAUCGAAUUCUUUUUCAAGGCCGUCUCAUGAUUGGCCCAAAAACAGACAUACUAGUAUAUUAUGAUUCAAAUGAGAUUAGGCUAAUUUGUUUGUCUGGGGAUUGGUCCUAGUAUUACCAAUCCCCUUCUACUUGUCCACGUGGGAUAAGACUUGGGAUAUCUCUCCAGCCAUUCCCUUCUUAACGAUAUUCCUGUAAUUAGCCACUAUUAUAUUCCUGCUUCUCACAUCCACGACAGAACCAGGGAUUAUUCCUAAGAAAUAACUUCAGUUAAUAGCAGGAACCAAUUUUUACUUGGAACAAUUUCAGGAUUCCAGAUUUUGCGAAACAUGCGAGAUUUACAAACCCCUCAGAGCCUCUCAUUGUAGGUAAUUAUGAUGUUGUUAUCUAGUGAUUGUAACAAUUGUGUAUUGGUCUUUGACCAUCACUGUCCUUUUGUGAAUAAUUGUAUCGGGAAAAGAAAUUAUAGGUACAUAUAGAAAAUACGCAUAGAUAUUUCUUUAGCUUCCUAAUAUCAAUAUUUGCAUUUGGAUUGGCAGUCAUAAUUUCAGCUUUGUUAUGUCUUUCGACAGUCAGUGAUUAUGAAGAUCAAAAGACAUUAGUUAUUUUAUUUUUAGUUCCUGUUAUCAUUGCCUCCUUGGUCGUAUUGAUAUUCUUUUUGUUUCACGUGUUCUUGAGGAUUACGUAUUUCAUACAUUAUAAGUUUUAGGGGGAAAACCACAAGAGAAAAAUUGAAAUAAAUUUCCAAAACUGGAGAUGAAGAUUUUGAUUGGUUAAACUUGAACGAAAGUUUGUUUUCAUUGAGACUUUUAAUUUGA